GGAAUCUUCUACAAGGAUCUGGUGGGGAAUGGAAAAGCCUUAUUAAUUUGCAAUAGUUUCCAAUAUUUUGGUUUCAUAAUGAGUAAUAUAUACAUCCAAGAGCCCCCAACGAAUGGAAAGGUUCUCCUGAAGACAUCAUGUGGGGAUUUGGACAUAGAGCUGUGGACCAAGGAGGCGCCCAAGGCAUGCAGGAACUUUAUCCAGCUCUGCAUGGAGGGCUACUACGAUGGCACCAUCUUCCAUCGCAUCAUCAGGAACUUCAUGGCUCAGGGAGGGGACCCUACAGGGACAGGUGAAGGAGGAGAGUCAAUCUAUGGUCACCCUUUCAGAGAUGAAUUUCACUCCAGGUUGAGAUUUGUGAGGAGGGGCCUAAUUGCUAUGGCUAAUGCUGGUCCCCAUGACAACAGCAGCCAAUUCUUCAUUACUCUUGGUCCUUGCGAGCAUAUACAGGGCAAGCACACCAUAUUUGGCAAGAUUGCAGGUGAUACCUUAUACAAUGCUGCCAAGCUAGGUGAAGUAGACAUUGGAGCAGAUGACAGACCAGUCUAUCCACCCAAGAUUAAAUCCACCCAGGUCCUUGCCAAUCCAUUUGAUGAUAUCAUUCCUCGUCAGCUGAAGAAGAAACAGGAGAAGGAAGAAAAGAAGUCCAAGAGUAAAUCAAAGGCAACAAAAAACUUCAGCCUACUUUCAUUUGGAGAAGAGGCGGAGGAGGAUGAGGAGGAAACAGUGAUCGCCAGCUCGUCUAUGAAGAACAAGAGCAAGAGUAUGCAUGAUUUGGUCAAGGAUCCCAAGCUUAGCUCAACCCCAGCUGUAGAGAUAGAGAAAGAGGAGAAACCGUCAGAUGAGGAGAAUGAUGAAGAUGACGAGGAUGGUGAAGAAGAGGAGUAUGAGAGGAAUAUAAGAGAGAAGAAGAAAGAAAUGGCGGACAAGAUUCGAUCCAAACUCAUUAAGGAGACAAAGAAGUCAAAGGAGACGGUAAAGGACUCACCGAAGGAAGAGAAACCAUUGUCAAGAAAGGAAGAGCUGCAAGAAGAGUCGAGAAAACUGAAGGAAGAAUUAAGAGAAGGGAGAAAACGGAAGCUAAAACAGGAAUCACAGCAAGAACAGGCAAAAGUAGAACAGGAAGAAGAAACCAAAGAAGAGGAAACUUCAGGCCAGGGAGAUGAACUGGAAGAGUUUCAUGCUCAGAAGAAGAAGUUUAAGGCCAAGAAGAAGACAAUGACCAAGAAGGGAUCUACAAGGGAACAAGAGACAUUGGCAAUGUUGGCUAAGUUCCAGAAUAAACUGCAUUCGGCCAUCUUGAAUAAGAAACCAGAACCAGAGAAGGAGGAUAAAGAGAAGGAAAAUGAAGAGAAGGAAGAAGGUGAAUACAGGGAAGGGGAAGAAGAGAAGAAGGAGGAAGGAGAGGAAGAGGAAGGAGAGAAUUGGUUGGUCCACAGUCUUCAGUUUGAGGAUCAUGAUGGCAAGGUCAAGGAUGCUAACAUGAAAGAUGCCGAUACAUUCUCCAUCUACGAUCCAAGGAAUCCGAUGAACAAGAGAAGAAGAGAGGACGGCAGUAAACAGAAGAAGAAAGAGAGGAGAUGAUAGUAAAAAGAUGAAGAAAGAGGGGAUAAACUGUCACUGUGCUUCAUGUCUUGUUUUUUAUGCAAACAAGGAACCAGUAAUAUUGCUACUGAGACCCAGUGGAGAGAGCACAGUAAACAGAAGAGAUGCAAUAGAAUGCCUUCAGUAUCUGUGAUCCAAGGAAUCUGAUGAACAAGAAAAGAAGGGAGGACAGUAAAUUGAAGAAGAAAAAGAGAAGGUGAUGGAAAGAGAAGAAAAGAGUAUUGUAGUAAACAGAUGGAAAACAGAGGAGAAACCAUCGCUGUGCUUCUGAGAACUUAAGAUGAAAAGAUAUUAAAACGAAGAGAAAAGACAAAAUAUGAUGGUAAAAAGAAGAGAAAGAGACAAGAAGUUGACACUGCUCCUCGCAACCUCUCUUUCAAAAAGCUUGAGUUGCUUUACGAUGCCACUUCGAACAUUUAUUCAUUGAACCAACAAUUGUGCUUCUGAAAGAAGGAUGCUGCUUUUAACACCAUUCAGUGAAAAUUAUCUUUAUGUAAGCAUUGCGAAUGCACCAGUAUGCAACUCUUUUCUACUUGUUGGAGAUGACCGCUUAUAAUCAUUAAAAGCUCAAUUUUAAGAAAUGAUGCAAGUGCCAUCAAGAUGCAGAUGUCGUUUCUGUUCAUUGAAGAUGAUAGUUGGAACCACCAAACACACUUAAAAGGGAACGUUCGACUUCAUGCGAUACGUCACAGAACGGGCCGUGUGCAAACACAAUGGCGACGUCCAAAAAUUCUCAGUGCUGAGAAAGACGAAGGAUUCUGAAGAAGAGUUACGUCCUCCCUUUCGUCAAAUGUAUGAGGUUUUAUAUUUCUCAGAUAAUGUUUUAAAUGGCCUACAAACUUAAAUUAAUAUGUAGUUGGAGGUUAAUUCCCCUUUAACAUGUUUACUUCUGAAUUCUCUCAUUCCCAUAGCCUCAAUACAGGAUCCAACCGGUUCCUGUAGGCAAUUAGUUAAGAAGUGUCGGGACGCACAAAGGUACAGACAUUUCUAAAAAAAUUGGUCUUACAUCAGUGCUUUCCCAGAGCCAAGGGAGAGGGGCUGAUCAGUAGAAGAGGAUAGAAUGAUGAUAGUGAUUUUAACUAUCAAAUUGCAAACAUUUAUUGAUUAACAAAGUUGUUGAUAAACAAAGUUGUUUCAUUUACAUUUUAAUCUGAUGUUUAUUGCAGUGGAUAUAAUAGUUAAACCCAUAGCUUAACUGUACUGUACUCAGAUUAAAAGAUAUAAAGAAGCAUUCAGAUGUA